UUAUAUUUUAGGCUACAAAUGUGAAGACCAUAAUAUUGAAGAACAUUGUCAAAGUUCUAGAAGACAUGGAAGGUACGAAAAAAGUCAUAAUGAAGAGAAACCUUAUGAAGUUAUUCAAUAUGGUGAAGCCUUUGCACAUCACAGUAGUCUCCAAAUAUAUAAAAGAACACAUAAUGGAAUGAAACCCUACAAAUGUCAGCAAUGUGAUAAAGCCUUUUCACAACACAGUCGUCUCCAAAGACAUAAAAGAACACAUACUAGAGGGAAACCCUACAAAUGUAAUCACUGUGGUAAAGCCUUUGCACAUCCCAGUAGUCUCCAAAGGCAUGACAAAAUUCAUACUGGAGAGAAACCUUACAAAUGUACUCAGUGCGAUAAAGCAUUUUUACAACACCAUAGUCUCCAAAUACAUGAAAGAACACACACUGGAGAGAAACCCUAUGAAUGUAACCAAUGUGGAAAAGCCUUUGCAUGUCACACUACUCUCCAAAUACAUAAAAGAACACAUACUGGAGAGAAACCAUAUGAAUGUAACCAAUGUGAUAAAGCCUUUUCACAAUACAGUCAUCUCCAAAGACAUAAAAGAACACAUACUGGAGAGAAACCGUAUGAAUGUAAGCAAUGUGGGAAAGCCUUUGCACGUGACAGUCAUCUUCAAAGGCAUGAAAGAAUUCACACUGGAGAGAAACCCUAUGACGAGAAACCCCAUGAAUGUAAGCAAUGUGGUAAAGCCUUUGCGUAUAAUGCUCUUCUUCAAAUACAUAAAAGAACACAUACUGGAGAGAAACCCUAUGGAUGUAAUCAGUGUGGUAAAGCCUUUUCACAACUUAGUAAUCUUCAAAUACAUAAAAGAAUACAUACUAGAGAGAAACCCUAUGAGUGUAACCACUGUGGUAAAGCCUUUGCAUAUAACCCUCAGUUUCAAAUGCAUAAAAGAACACAUACUGAAGAGAAACCCCAUGAAUGUAAUCACUGUGGUAAAGUCUUUGCACAUCGCAGUGAUCUUCAAAGGCAUGACAAAAUUCAUACUGGAGAGAAACCUUAA